AUGGGGGGCCCUCGUGGCACUCGGGGCGUCCGGAAUAUCGAGCUCUCUGUUCCCCUUGGGGGGCCCCACCCUGAGGAGAACCCGGUGGCUGGCUUUUCUGGAAGAAAUGGCUUCGAGGCUCCCCUCAUGAAGGGGCCCCAGCGCUAUCCUCAAGACGACAGCGAGCAGUCUGACUUCCACAGCGGGCCCUCUUUUGACACACACAAUGACAUGGAGAGCGGUGUGCAACAGCUAAGAAACUCCCACUCUACGAUGCCUGUUGCCUUUGGCAGGCUUGCUGGGAACCUCAGACGAUUCCUCAUGAGAUGCGUCGGGUCCAGGGCCCCCCCCGAGCUGGUCCGUCCUCUCCUCUCCUCGCGUCGCUGGGGUUACGUUGCUGCUGCUGCCCCCUCGCAUUCCUUCGCCGCUCCGAAUGUGCAAGGUAUUUGUGGGCCCCCAGAGGGCUCCUCGCGAAUAUCCGUAGGACCCGGGGGCCCCCGAAGUUCCCGGGGGGAGCUUCAAGGUUCCGGUGACUCCCCAGAACGCGAUUCACCUGCAUUCUCAGGGCUGAGGGGCCGUCGAGAGGCAGGGGAUGGGAUUCCUUGUCACUUCGAGGGAGACGGCACAGCCGAAGAUCGAGAUUUAGCCAGUUGGGAUGCAGUUCCAGACUUGGAUCGUUUUGUUGGUGGAAUCUACACUUACUGGGCCGAAGGGGGGUUGUAUGCAAUGUUGUGUUCCUACGGAGCUCAUCUGAUGGUUAUGGGGUUCACGGUAUAUUUUAGCUGGUUUCUGCUAAUGUUCGUCAACUGGGAAGGUAUCGUCUCCUGUACGACUCCAGAAACUUGCGCUGCUGAACCGCUCCUCCGGCCUUCCCCGUGGGCCCCUUGGGGCCUCCGGCAGACCCUGUGUACUGUAUACGUCCUAUCCCUGUCUUGCGUGGUGGUCUUGUCAAUCCUUUCCGCUUUCAAUAAGUGCAGGGAUGCGAUAGCCCUCAGGCUUUAUUUUCGUUCUCGACUCUACAUACACUGCGAUAGCUCCCUGCAACUCAUGGGGUGGCCAGAAGUAGCAGCACUGCUGCUGCAGGCGCAGCAGCAGCACCCUUUCUGCCUAGUGAAACAGAACUUGUCUGUGCUGGACCUCGUUGCUGUCAUCAUGCGGAGGGAUAACUACAUCAUUGCCCUCACAAACAAAGAGGUGUUCGUCAGAGCUCUCCCGGUGUAUGUUAAUCCCAAACUGUUGUAUACACGCGUGCUCCUCUGGAGCAUCAGGAGAGCCGUCUUCUUGGAUCUCUUUGACGCCAAACAAAGAAUCAACAGGCAACUCCUGACGCAAAUGCCUCCCUAUGGGUGA